ACACUGCUGCCUGCCUGCCUGCCUGCCUGUGUGCGUGUGUGUCAGCACACCCAGAGCAGGGAGCGACCGGGCCAUGACUGGCAGCCUCGCGGUCACAUAGCAGUUUUACACUCGGAACAUUCACGCUUCCUGCUGGACCGGCACGUGUUUUCGCCUGCUGGGAAAGGCCUCACAGAAAGCACAACAACCUCAGUCAGUACGUGGAAAAGCUGAAACAUGGCACAAAUCCAGAGGAUGCAGAAGAAGACCAGCACCAUGUCCCUGACCAUCUCCUCCUCCACUUCCUCUUCCUCUGCAUCUUCCUCUCGAGAGCUCUCCUCCAGCUCCUCCUCUUCCUCCACCCUCCUCACCCAGAGACACUCCAGCCUCGUGCAGCCUAUGUGUGUCAACCCUCAGAGGAUUCAGAGUCCCAUUUACAAUCAACAAUAUUCAGGAAGCGGAGUGGCUCCUACUUUUGUUAAGUGUCUCCAUGAUGUGUCCACAGCAAAGGGACAGUUAGUGGUGUUAGAGUGCAGACUGAGGGGGACGCCACCCCUCCAGGUCAUGUGGUACAGAGAGGAUGAGCAAAUACUGGACUCAGACGACUUUCGAAUACUACGCAAGAAGGCCAGUUCAACUUUAGUUCCAGAAGAGCUGUGUACACUGGUGAUCACUGAAGCGUUUCCAGAGGACUCAGGCUUGUUUAAAUGUGUUGCCCACAACCCUUUUGGCUCCGUGUCCUGCUCAGCCAUCCUGGAGGUUUACAGUGGCCUGGAGGAGCAGCAGGAGGCACUUUCCAUCAGGCAGCAAGCACAGUCGGAGUUACGGCAGGAAAUGACUUCUUCUGGAAACAGCAGUGAGUUUUCAUCUGUGCUGCCUGACUCUACAAACCUCUCACCUCCUGAGUGGCCUGACAGCCCCGGAGAGGACAACGUCCCUGCUGUGGAAGAUUUUCCAGAGCCUCAGCCAGCCAGCCACUCCUUUGCAGAGCUGUUUGAUCGGGGUGAUUCCUGCUCAGGGAGCCAAAGGUCAGAGGUCACUGUUCAAGCCAGUACACCCAGCCCUCCUCCACCACCGUCACCUCCACCACCGUUACACGACGAGGAGAAAGACCCAACACCCAAGCUGUUUACACCAAGCAAGCUCAGUUUCAGUUCCUCCCAGUCAGGAGGCAACAGUAUGAACCUGUCGGACCUGCCUACCUUCACCCCCAGUGCCUUUCCGCCCAGCGCCUUUAACUAUGAGCGACCCAGGCAUUUUAUACAGUCACAGCCAGCCUUCCAGGCACCCAGCUAUGAAAGCGUGCUGAGGGAUGCCCAGGAGAACCAGAGCAACUCCCAACAGAAGCUUGGCACUUUCCAGAAUAGUCCAGGUGCUACCGAGCCUCAGAGUCCAACUAAAAUCAAGUCCACACAAAUGCAGUCAUUUUCUCAAACUCGCUCAGUGUCCAGGUCCUUGUCCCAGACCCAGUCGCAGUUUCAGUCUCUAAGCCUGAAUCAAAACCAGACCCAGUCCGUCACCCAGACACAGAUCCAGACCCAGGCCAACGGCACCUGCAAGUCCUCCCCGUCCUCCUCUAGCCUCAGCUCUCCCAUCUCCACCCCAGCCUCCACCGCUGUGCCUACUCUUUCCUCCACUUCCCAUGUGCUCAGUCCCUCAGCCACUACCUCCUCUUCCUCACCUUUGCUGGCCUCCUCUUCCUCUUCUUCAUCUUCCGUCCCCCGCACCAAACUGCGUUCCAGCAUCACCCUCACCCCCAGUGUACCUAGUGCCACCGGCCUCGGCAGCGCCACCCUGCCAGCCAACCAGGACAGCAUGUCCGCCCCUGCUGCUUAUCUCUGCUCCGUGCUGCCCUCCCCGUCUUCCCUCUCCCCUUUCCCCACUUCCAAACUCUCUCCCAACUCCACUCUCCUCCAGCCCUCCACCUCUCCUUCUCGCUCCCCACUAGCCCCUUCUAGCCCGCUCCCAUCCACCAGAGCUCCCUCCUCUCCUUCCUCCCUUCCUCAGCAGACUUUGCCAGUGUCCCCUUCUCUUCCUCAUUCCCCUCUUUCUCCAAACUCUUCCUCUCCCCUACAACCCAACACACCGAACACUCAGAACAGAGUCCAGCCUUCUGUGGUCUCUCUGCCCGCCAGCUACAAGGGAACACCCAAUACCCUUCCCAAACCUAUCCUGAAAAAGUCCGUAGCUCCUCGGCCUUCUUCCUCCCGCUCCACAGAUGAUGACAUUCAGGGCUCCAAAGACGCCCUCAUUCAGGAUCUGGAGAAAAAGUUACGUUCAAAGGAAGCUAGGAGGAGAAACAGCCAGAAACUGUCCUAUGAAGAGCAUAUGGCUCGGAGGCUGCUGGGUCCAGACAACGCCAACCACAUGUUUGACCAAGACAAUCUCUCAGACUCGCAGCUCGACCAGCCAGAUUCACCAGAGGGAAGACAAACAGGUGGACUCUGGGGGAGGCACCACUCAGGGACAGACGAGAGGGGAAACGAGGGGUCGGCUAUCCAGGAGAAGUGCUACGCCCCUCGCUUCCUGCAGAUCCCCUCAGACCUCACUGUAGAGGAGGGCCGCUUCUGUAGGAUUGAUUUCAAGGUGGGAGGACUUCCUGCGCCAGACAUCUGCUGGUACUUGGAUGGAAAAGCCAUCCGCCCAGAUGACUAUCAUAAGAUGCUGGUUUGUGAGAAGGGGAUGCACUCAUUCAUCAUAGAGAUCGUCACCGUCCACCAUGCUGGCGUGUACGAAUGUGUGGCCAGGAACAGAGCUGGGGAAAGCAGGUUCACCAUGAGGCUGGACGUCCUAGCUCAGGAAGUUCUCCGUCCUCCCACCUUUGUCCACAAGAUGUUGAACACCAGAGCUCUGGAAGGCGACACAGUUAGAUUAGAGUGCAAAGUGGACGCGUCGCCUCCCCCACAGCUCUUCUGGAAGAAGGACAAAGAUAUGCUGCGCAUUGACCCCAACAGAAUGAGCCUGUAUGAGGACGGAUCAGGCCGACAGUGCUUGUUGAUAGAGAGGGUGAUGAAGUCUGACGCCGGCUGGUACACUCUUUCUGCCAUUAAUGAAGCUGGCAUGUCUACGUGCAAUGCCAGGCUGGAUGUAGGCACUCGCUCAACACCAGCCAUGAAGACAGCGCCCCCUGGCUCGAAAACAUUGAAGCUGCUUUCCUCUCUGAGCCAUGUGCCAGCUCUGACUGUGGAGAGCCCCGCUCAGCACACGGCCCCCCUGUAUGAGAGCGAAGAGCUGUAGGACCCCCAGCUCCAGUACGUGAUUCAUUCUACCUGUCUGAACUGUAAAACUGGGCCAGAGCGUGUCUCAGCUGUAGCGGCGGAGGUUCAGGCUGUACAGGCUGUGAGUGCGUAGGACAAACAAUUAGCCUCACAGCAGAUGAGUCCCAUUACUUUGGAGGCCAGGUCUAAAUCAGGUAGAAUUUAGCCACAUUUUCAAGACAGUCAGUAGAAUUUUUUUUUAUUUCUUCAUCUUUUACUGGACAUCUUUCACAGGUGGAUAAUCUGAAUUGGCUAUUUAAAGAUUUAAUAUUAACAUUUAAGAACAUGGGAAUAAUUUUCCAUGGCCCUGAUUUGCAUCAACUGUCUGUAAUGUCCCUCUGCUGUUGCUUGUUAUCUUUUUCGUUGUCUGCCUCUUUGUUGUUAGGGCUUUUACGUAUUACGCGCUUAUUAUACUCUGUACUCUGCCUGUUCAGUCUGCUCUCACCAAAACGGUCUAGGUCAUAGACAUAUUAAUAGCCUUGGGUAUGUAUGACAGUCAGCCCUGCUGCCAGUUUUAUCCCAGUGCGUUACCACAACAUAUUCUCUGUGAUCUGGAACCAUUUCACAGAAUGAAUCAGAACCCAAGAUAAUUUAUCUCCUACUUACGUUCGAGUCUGUUGUGGUAUUUGGUGGGUAAGCACCUCUGCAAUAACUGUUGGUUUGACGCACUGUUUCUAUGGCCUGGAUUUACUACACUACCCACAAUCCAACACUAUUAACAUAGCUGCACUUUAAUCUGACACUGUUUGUGUCUUACCAGCACCCGCCCUCCUUUCAUCCAUCUUUUUGUUUGUGACACGCUCCUCUCAGUGUUGCAGCAGCUGCUUUUUUAAACGUUUAUUAACUGAAAUACAAUUAUUUAGAUUUUUAACUCCUCAUUUACCUGCUCAGAUUCUCUGCUGUGGUUCAGCCGUAUGUGUUUUUAAAGUUGCUAUCUGAAAUACAGUGUACAUGAAAAACUAUUUAUUUGAACUGAUGUUAUUGUUACCGAUGCUGGAACUUUGCUGCCCAUCUGUUUGCCUGUACAACACCCCACCCAGCGAUACAGUAUGCAUUAAUAACACGUUUGACAAACAGGCUUUUCUUCACCUCAACAUAUAACUAAAUUGAGACUAAGGAAUAAAUGUUUACAUUAUAACAUCUGCAGAGCAGAUGAGUGAUUUUACUGCAUGUUUCAUUAAUAUUCGGUAAAACACUAGGUGUGUAUGUAAGCCUGUGCCCAGAUUUGCCAAAUGCACCGAUUUUAACUGGGGCAUGGUAUUAAUAGCAUACCUGGAACUUUUUGUUGUUGGUACUGUAUCCAGGAGCUAAUAUUACUAAAGGAACUGCAUGAACACUGAAAUCUAGUAUUGAACCAUAUGUGGCCACAGCCAAAUGGCAGAAAACUUCAUGAUCAGUAAAACCUACAAUCUGCAUAUUUUUUCUUUCAAAUCCAUGGAUGCACAUCUGUAGUUUGCAGAAAUAUGUGAACCAUCCUUUAUUCAGAUCUAAUGGGUUUAGAGUCAUCAUGUCUCGUAUUAUUAAACUUAGAUCAAAUAAGGUCAAACAUUUUAACCAGAAUAAUUAAGCUUUUAAGUGCAGGUAGGUGUGUGUUCUCACCAAGUACUGUUUGUUGUGUAAAGUUCAACAUGUUACAUAAAUGAGGAAUAAAGUUAAUGUGACCUUG